GCCAUCCUCAACAACAUGCGGGUGGAAUGCAAGUGCCACGGGGUGUCGGGGUCGUGCGAGGUGAAGACCUGCUGGAAAGCCAUGCCCCCCUUCCGCAAAGUGGGCAACGUGCUGAAGGAGAAAUUUGACGGGGCCACCGAGGUCGAGCAGCGGAAGAUUGGCUCCACCAAAGUGCUGGUGCCCAAAAAUUCCCAGUUCAAGCCGCACACAGACGAGGAUCUGGUCUAUCUGGACUCCAGCCCGGACUUCUGUGACCAUGACUUAAAGAACGGUGUCCUGGGCACCAGCGGGAGGCACUGCAACAAGACCUCCAAGGCCAUCGACGGCUGCGAGCUGAUGUGCUGCGGCCGGGGCUUCCACACGGACGAGGUGGAGGUGGUGGAGAGGUGUAGCUGCAAAUUCCACUGGUGCUGCUUUGUGAAGUGUAAACAGUGCCAUCGCCUGGUGGAAAUGCACACCUGUCGAUGACGUGGGGAGACGGGAGCUGCCUUUGGGCCCGGAGCCGGAGGAGGCAGGCGCGCCCAGAGACCAAGUGCAGAGAGAGGGCUUUGGCCGACGCACGCGGGGAGGCACUGCGAGAGGAAACUGGGGGGGGGCACUUUUUUCUAUCACCAAAAGGAAUAUAUUUAAAGUUCCAAUA